GGUGGGGGAGGGGCGGCCCCGCUGCGGGGGGGCCCUGGUGGGCGGGGCCUGGGUGCUGACGGCGGCCAGCUGCUUCAUCGGAACUGACCGCUCGAGUGACCACGGGAGUGACCACAGGAGUGACCACAGGAGUGACCACAAUGACCACAAUGACCACCGGAGUGACCACCGGAGUGACCCCAGAACUGACCAUGAGAGUGACCACAGGAGUGACCACGAGAGUGACCACAAUGACCAUGGGAAUGACUACCGGAGUGACCAUCGGAGUGACCACCGGAGUGACCACAGGAGUGACCACAGGAGUGACCACAGGAGUGACCACAGGAGUGACCACAGGAGUGACCACAAUGGCCACCGGAGUGACCACAGGAGUCACCACAAUGACCACAACAAUGACCACCAGAGUGGCCGCAAUGACCACCGGAGUGACCACAGAACUGACCGCUCCAGUGACCACCGGAGUGACCACAGGAAUUACCACAGUGACCAUGGGAGUGACCACAAUGACCCCUCGAGUGACCAUGGGAGUGACCACAAUGACCCCUCGAGUGACCAUGGGAGUGGCCGCAAUGACCACCGGAGUGACCACAGGAGUGACCACCGGAGUGACCACAACAAUGACCACAGGAGUGACCACCGGAGUGACCACAACAAUGACCACAAUGACCACAGUGACCACAAUGACCAUGGGAGUGACCGCAGGAGUGACCACAGGAGUGACCACGAAAAUGACCGCAGUGACCACAGGAGAGACCACCGGAGUGACCACAAUGACCACAAUGAUCACCGGAGUGACCACCACAGGAGUGACCACAGAACUGACCACAAUGACCACCGGAGUGACCACAGGAAUUACCACAGUGACCACCGGAGUGAGCACAGUGACCACAGGAGUGACCACAGAACUGACCACCGGAGUGACCAUCGGAGUGACCACAAUGACCAUGGGAGUGACCAUGGCAGUGACCACAAUGACCAUCGGAGUGACCACCAGAGUGACCACCUGAGUGACCACAGAACUGACCGCUCGAGUGGCCAUCGGAGUGACCACAAUGACCACAAUGACCACAGGACUGACCAUGAGAGUGACCACCGGAGUGACCACAGUGACCACAGGAGUGACCACGGGAGUGACCCCUCGAGUGGCCACAGUGACCAUCGGAGUGACCACUGGAGUGACCUCAGGAGUGACCAAAAUGACCAUGAGAGUGACCACAGAACUGACCACAACAAUGACCGCCGGAGUGACCACCGGAGUGACCACAAUGACCACAAUGACCCCUCGAGUGACCACUCAAGUGACCCCUCGAGUGACCCCGAGAGUUUCUGCAUCUCCGUCCCCGAGGGUGACCACUGCCAGCCCCUCCUGGGAUCGCCCCUGAUGUGUCUCGAGCGCGGUUUGUGGUUCCUGCUGGGCGUGGCCGGGCCCGGGGGCUGCGCCCGGGGGGACCCCCCCAAAUUCUCGGCCACGCCCCCCCGGCAGCGCUGGAUUUCGGGGGUCGCCCGGGACGCGUUUUUCGCCGAGACCCCCCCGGACCCCGCGGAGGAGGCGCGGGAGGAGCUCCAGGGGGACCCCGAAAACCCCGAAAACCCCAAAAACCCCGAAAACCUCGAAAAUCCCGAAAUUGGGGAAAACCCCGGAAAUUCGGGGGGAAAUGACGAGAUUUGGGGGGCGCCGAGGGACCCCGAGUAUUUCGGGAGGCCGGAAAGUGAGGAAAAUCCGGGAAAUCACGAAAAUCCGGGAAAUCACGAAAUUUUGGGGGGUCCCAGAGCGACGAGAGAACCCGGAAAUACCAGAAAUCCUGAAAAUCCUGAAAAUUCCGAAAUUUUGGGGGGUUCUGGGAUGUUAAAAGACCCCAAAAAUCCUCUAAAUCCUAAAAAUCCCGGAAAUCCUGGAAAUCCCGAAAAUCCCGGAGAUCCUGAAAAUCCUGGAAAUCCCGGAAAUCCUGAAAAACCCAAAAAUCCCGAAAUUUUGGGGGGUUCUGGAGCAAUAAGAGACCCCGAAAAUCCUCGAAAUCCCAGAAAUCCUGGAAAUCCCAAAAAUCCCGAAAUUUUGAGAGGUCCUGGAAUGUCAAGAGACCCCAAAAAUACCAGAAAUCCAAAAAAUCCCAGAAAUCCCGAAAAUCCCGAAAUUUUGGGGGGUUCCGGAGCGACGAGAGACCCCAAAAAUCCUCGAAAUCCCAGAAAUCCCAGAAAACCCGAAAAUCCUGAAAAUCCUGAGAUUUCGGGGGGUUCUGGAGCGACGAGAGACCCCAAAAAUACCAGAAAUUCCAAAAAUCCCACAAAUCCUGAAAAUCCUGAAAACCCCAAAAGUUUUGGGGGUUCUGGGAUGUCCAGAGACCCCAAAAAUCCCAGAAAUCCUGAAAAUCCCAGAAAUCCCGAAAUUUUGGGGGGUUCUGGGACGACGAGAGACCCCAAAAAUCCCGGAAAAUCUGAAUUUUCUGGGAGCCUGAAAAAACCCAGAAAUCCUGAAAUUUUGGGGGGUCCCGAAAAUCCCCGAAAUCCCUGAAAUUUUAGGAUCUCCCAGAACUUAAAAAGACCCCAAAAAUCCCAGAAAUCCCAAAAUUUUGAGGAUUUUUUCUGGGAUUUUGGGGUUUUUUUCUGGAAUUUUGGGUUUUUUUGGUUUUUAGGGGGGACUUUUGUUUUUUUUCUGGAAUUUUGGGGGUUUUGGGGUUUUUUUUCCGGGAUUUUGGGCAAUAAAGUGGUGACGGAUCUGCAGAGCCUCCGCCU